AUGAAUGCCCCAGACCUUGCACCCUUCUUUACCCUCCGAUCCUGCUUGUCACUGCCAACUCCACGAUCUCUUGUCUCUGACCCUACUUUCCGUGAAACAAUGAACCAGAACACAGAUCUGCUCUCCGCAGGCAUAGGUGUACCUCAAAAUUACUUGCCAAACGUAUCAUCAGCCUCCGUAGCAAAACAGGACACAGCAGAGCCCCUGUCAACAGCAGCUGGGCAAAUCCAUGGCAUCAAUGGCGACUCAAGUAGGUCAAUGAGUCAUCCUCUUACGCCAGAACAAAUCAAGGAUGUGAUACAAAAAUUCAUCGAAUCGGUAAACAAAGACGCAGUUUGUGAUUUAGCCUCUAGGCAUAAUGGCGGAAGAUCUUGCAAAGUGGUCGAUCAGAAGAAUGGAAGCUACAACGUUUGUUUCUUCAUUCACUUUGACGUUGAAAAUGUCACAUGGAUUCUAAGAAUCCCCAUUGAGCUUGUUUCAUGCAAUACUUGGUCCAAGGUUGUCAGUGACGUUACCACUACACGAUACAUCAAGCGAAAGACCAGCAUUCCAGUUCCUCAAAUACAUGCCUACGGAAAAGACCCCACGCUCAUAGAAGGCGCCUCAACUCCCUUUAUGCUUAUGGAUGUCAUGCACGGCCAACAACUGCACACGAAGACAUUCUUAGAAUCCACUGAGUCCCAGCGGCGGAACUUGUACAUUGGUCUGAUGGACGUUCUAGCCCAACUACGCCAGUUGGAGUUUCCCGCGGCUGGCUCACUUAUGCCGAACCCGGAUGAUCCAGACAAUGAACUUAACCCUGUACUCGGUCCGCUUAUCUCCAUGACUGUCAACGAGUUCGAUUGGAAACGCAAAGAAAAGUGGCCCGCCCAAAUUUUCACCUCAUCAAAAAGCUUCAUAGAUCUUCAUUGCUAUAUAUUAUCCGAAACAUUCCGGCUACCUACUCCAGAACUCGAACACGGACAAGCGAAAAAGGAAAUAUUGGCGCUAAAUAGAAUUCCGAAAGAGAUCAACAGUUGCUUUGAACUACAAGAGUCUAACAGCCCAUACAUAUUAGCCCACCCUGACUUGAGAUGCGGCAAUCUUAUUGUUGAUGACGAGUUUCAUAUUCUCGGUGUUCUUGACUGGGAGUUUACCGGUACCGUCCCCAAACAGUUCUUCACACCGCCAGCUUGGAUCACCGGCCAUGACCCUGACAUUCUAUUUAUCGUCACGGGUAUUCGUCGCAGCCAGGUUCUGCCAGAAUUCGCCCAGGUUCUUCAGGAGACGCAUGAGUCAUCGACUGGUUGGACUCGGUUGCUGCAAGAAUGGGGAUUGCGGAAGGAAGACGCCAACCAAUCGAAUUAUAUUUCGGAAUUAUCGUCGUUGGUGCAGAUAUUGCGUCACCCUUCUACACUAGUCGACGACCCCGAGAACCAGAUUCUAGCAGAGCAAGUGGAUAUUCAAAUUCAGAAGUCGGAGCGGUACACUGAAUAUCUCAGAGGCAACGGUUUACUCGUCCAUGAUGAGCGGAAACAAUUUAUUGAGGAAUGGCUUCAAAAAGCAAAGGCGCUAUUGGAAGCAACAAAGGAAACAUCAGAAAAACGCCGCAGAAGAGAAGCCCUCUUAGAGUCAAAAAGCCAACCCUAG